AUGGCUUCCAAGAACGCGCCCCCAAAGGGCGCCGACGUCAAAGCGAAUGGCUAUCCGAAUCAAACCCUCUACUGCACAAAUCUGCCAGAGAAGCUUACGAAGCACGACCUGCGAUCAUCGCUUUAUUCCCUGUUCUCGACCUACGGAACCGUCCUCGAUAUCGUGACCAUGAAGACCACCAAAAUGCGCGGCCAGGCUCAUGUCGUCUUCAGGGACGUUCACGAUAGCACACAGGCACUGCGCGCUCUUCAAGGAUUUGAUUUUUUUGGCAAGCAAAUGAAAAUCGUCUAUGCGAAAGGCACGUCCCACAUCUUCGCCAAGCUUCGCGGUACCUUCAACACUCCGGCCGCUGCCCAGACCAAUGUUUCGAGUGACCUCCAAAAGUCAAUCUUCAGCGGCCCACCUGGCGCCAUUCCAACCCAGUCAUCCGCGACGAACGGCGAAGCGCAUGGAGUGAAGCGACCGCGCCAGGACGAGAGUGACGAGAGUGACGCCCCGAUGGACGAAGAUAGCGAUGUGCCAAUGGAUCAAUCUUCCGAUGAGGAAUGA